GAACAUCAAAGAAAACCCUAACCCAUCGAAGUCCCCUAUAAAUACCACACUCAAAACCCUAGCUCCAGUCCUUCAGCCGUCUCUCUCUUCAAGCAAGACUCGCUCCUCUCUGCCUCGCUCGCCUGCUAGCCCAACGACCAUGUCGCUCGUGGCGAACGAGGAGUUCCAGCACAUCCUGCGUGUGCUGAACACCAACGUCGAUGGGAAGCAGAAGAUCAUGUUCGCCCUCACCUCCAUCAAGGGUAUCGGCCGCCGCUUCGCCAACAUCGUCUGCAAGAAGGCCGACGUCGACAUGAACAAGAGGGCUGGUGAAUUGACUGCUGCUGAGCUAGACAACCUCAUGGUCAUUGUUGCCAACCCACGCCAAUUUAAGAUUCCAGACUGGUUUUUGAAUAGAAAGAAGGAUUACAAGGAUGGAAAGUACUCUCAGGUUGUCUCCAACGCAUUGGACAUGAAGCUGAGAGAUGAUUUGGAGAGGUUGAAGAAGAUCAGGAACCACCGUGGUUUGAGGCACUACUGGGGCCUGCGUGUUCGUGGCCAGCACACAAAGACUACUGGACGUAGAGGAAAAACUGUUGGUGUCUCCAAGAAGCGUUGAGUAUUACUUUUAAUUAUGGGUGUUACAUUCAAUGUCUUUGGGGUAGUGUUUUUUGUUUGAAGUUCCUUGCGUGGACUCUGAUACAAUUAUAGCUCAAGGUUAUUUCCUUGCCCUAGUUGUACGAUGUGCUUUGCCUGGCCUGAUUGCUGAAGUGUUAGUGAAGUAAAGCGGAUCAAAGUUUUAAGUGAUAAUCAGUUUCAUUAAGCAAGCAAUGAGAGGUCCGGACAAUUUUGUUGUUGAAUGGUAAAUGUUAUUCAUGCGAUUUAAUA